UCUGUACCCUCGGUCUGUGUCUGUAUGAAUAAUAGAGGAACACCAGCAGGCUGAGGAGGCAGUAGGCUGAUAUCUUUGCUGCGUCACCGAUGCUGAGGGGAAGAAAAAGGAGGGGAGGGAAGGGGGCGAGAGAGGGGAACAGCAGGCAGCUGAUGAGAGAGAGAUCUUAUAGAAAAACUCUAUGCAGCAGAUAACGCAGGACUAGCUGACUGACUGAAACAACCAUGUUUUUGCCCUGGAUCCUUUCCCUUCAGCUCAUCCUGUUUCCUCUCUUCUGGAGAGGCAUCUAUACAACAGAAACAAAUCCUCAGUUGGAAUUGACGGAUCCCAUCACAACAGUCUUUAAGAGUGCAGUCCUGAAAGGUGACAGCCUGGUUGAAAAAGUUGAAAUCUUGAAACCCAUCGAUUUAGAGCUAGCAUGUACCUGGACCGGUAAUCCAAACAAAUUACCAAACAUUACCGGGUACUGGCGAAAAGAUGGGAGUGAAAUUACUAACUCUCGGCUUACUGUACAAUUGGAGAAUGAACAAUAUAAUCUCAAAAGAGUGUUCAGAAUUACUGGGGAUACCCUUGGGAACUACUCAUGCAUCUUUAGUGAUACCGACGAGGCAAAAAUUGAUUUCAAUGUGGCAGCCCCAGAGAUGGACGAUAAGAAGGACAAGCCUAUUGUUGCCUAUGUGGGGGACUCUGUGGCGAUGGCCUGUAAAACCAAGCUUCCCCCUAACACUUGGCUUUGGUACAGAGCAAACGGAACCGAGCAGGAACUCAUCAAUGCAACUACUGACCCCCUUCGUUACAAGAUCAGUGUGGAUGGAAACACAACCAAGCUCACUGUGAUGAACCUGACAGAGGAGGACUCUGGUGUCUAUGUCUGCAGUGCCAUCUAUAACAUCAAGGCCAGUGUGAGCCGGGUGGAAGUUCGGGUCAUCACCUUCAUGGAGCCUCUGAAACCCUUCAUAGCCAUCGUGGCUGAGGUGAUCAUCCUGGUCCUCCUCAUUCUGCUCUAUGAGAGGUGGAGCUCACAGAAGAGCAGUAACUCGCCCACAGAAAAUGGGGUGCAUGCUGAACAAACACAUAAAUUGACAAGGGAAGGUAAUAAUGGAAUGGAUGAGAAUACCACAACGAGACAACGAAAGACUUAAACCGAUACAGCAUCAACAGGGUAAAUAAACUAUAAGAAAUGUAUGUUCCUAGUGCUAAGUUUUGUUUUCUGAGUGUCGCUGAAACCAUUUCUUAUUCAUAAAUCAAUAGCACAUUUUUUAAAAUCAAUUCUAAGUAGUUUCAGAACCUUACUCAACAAGAAAACAUCUUAUGGCAAACUGUUGCAGGAACACCUUUUCCACAAAAACAAGGACAAAAUGUCCCCCUUUCUGAAUGUGUCAACUGAGACAUAUUCGUAAAAUAUAUGUUUUAUUGUUGGGUCAAUAAUUAUAAUGCAACAAUAUAUUUUUCUGCAUUUUGACAUAAAUUAUCUUUUUAUAUUUGUUUUUGUCCAUGUUUCAUUCAACAUCAUACUACCAGUACCUAUGAGGUUGUGCAAUAGCAGUGAUAUCUGAGCACAGUGUGUUGUUUGGUUCGGUUGGUGAGAUUGCUUGAGAGGCCUUCACUUUUGCCUAACAGGAUGUGUGCCUAGGGUUUGACAUAAAUGCCAAUGUCUUCUUGUUUGACAAGUCUUCUUAUUCUUGCACUCUUCUAGCCUAUCUUCAACUGCACUUAUCAAUUACAUAUGGUAGUUGGUGUGCAGUGCCUUGUAAUUUGACAAACAAGUCAAUUCUCUGCUUUGCUGAUAUAAUUAAUCCCUUGAAGUCCCCAUAUGAUGUUUAUUUUACAUUAUCUGUCAGUGUUAAAGCAGUGUGCCUUUAAUAUACAUUUUAAAAUGCUAUAUUAUUGUUGUCCUGACUCAGAUGUAAUUUUCCUGUUGUAUGUGAAUGGUAAAUAAAAAUCCUAAUGAUGAA